AACUCGAACACCCCAACCAGCGGUCAGAUCUUGUUCCUGCAGCUAAUCUGAUGCUAUUGCGGUUGCAGGCUUCUUUCAGCUGUAGCUCCCUGCGUCUCCUGAAACCUACAGCCUUGUUGGCGACUCCUGUUUGGUCUUGUCCGAAUCUCGUGGUACACAAAUCGGAGGGAUGGCUCGGUAGAACACCCGUUAUUCUUUGGCAGAAAAGGCAAGCCUGCUACGCCGCCAUGGCGAACAACACGAAACCGUUGAGGUCGGCAUCAACCUUGGAGAUCCCGUCUUUCGAGGAGUCUACCACGGCAAGCAAGCGCAUGAAGAUGAUUUAGACGACGUCGUCCAACGAGCGCUCAACGUUGGUUGUAUCAAGUUGAUGGUCACCGGCUCCAGCCUGAAAGAGUCCCAUCACGCUGUCGAGCUCGCGAAACAGUACCGUACGUCACGAGGACCCCACGCAUGUUGUCGCCCGCUUCUGACAUGUUUCAAGCUGGCACUUGUUUUGCGACGAUUGGAGUCCAUCCAUGCUCAACACAGGACUUUGACAAUCACGAGGGCGGGCCUGGUGCACUGAUCCAAGAACUUCGCGCUCUGACGCUCGAAGCAAAAGAGAGUGGAUACGCGGUAGCCUUUGGCGAAAUUGGGCUGGACUACGACCGGCUGUUUCUCUCACCCAAAGAUGUGCAGCUCAAAUAUUUCGAGCUGCAACUGGACUUGGCCGAGGAGAUACAGCUGCCUCUAUUCCUACAUUCACGGGCAUGCAGCGAAGACUUUGAAAGAAUCCUCAACGCUCGCUUAGACAAGCUCCCCAAACGCGGACUGGUCCACAGCUUCACGGGCACCAUACCGGAAAUGGAGGCCCUGGUCAGGCUCGGGUUUGACAUCGGGAUCAAUGGGUGCAGCAUGAAGACCGCCGAGAACCUGGAGGUGGUCAAGGCGGUGCCUUUGGAUCGGCUUCAGAUCGAGACAGAUGGACCGUGGUGUGAGAUACGCGCAUCACAUGCUUCAUCGCAGUUCCUGAAAGACGGACCCGUGGUCCCCAAGGCGGUGAAGAAGGAGAAGUGGCAGAAGGGGAUGAUGGUCAAGGGCCGCAACGAGUCGGCGACGAUUGUACAGGUGGCGCACGUGAUAGCCGGGGUGAAGGGGAUUGGGGUGGAGGAGGUGUGCGAGGCGGCCUGGACGAAUUCGACCGAGAUGUUUGGAUUGGGAUGCUCGUAGGGGCUAUGACCUAGACAUCUGUCUGGCGAUGACAUUAGUGACCACGGGGGAAUAGAGAUGCCCAUAAACGUACUUACCUACUUGUAGAGAGUGCUUGACUGAGGGUGCGGUGGCUGCGACGGAGAAUCCCAUUCUCCCAGACCCUCUCAUGUGCCUCUUUUCCU